CUUACUACGUAGGAAUUUAAAAAGAACAAAGAUAUCAAGCAGUUGAUCCCAACAUCUAAAAGCCAAUAUAGAAAAAACGAGAUAGGUUUGUUAUAAGUUUCUAUGUCAAGAGUCUUGCAUUCACUAUCUUUAAUUGGCAGCAGUCAAUCUGUGCAGACUGGAUGUCGAAGGCUUCAAUGGGCUCCUUUUUCACCAUUCUUAUGGAGAAACCGCAACUAUUCGGCAGCUGCUUGGUUACACCCCAGUAAACGAAAAAAACUAGCUGAUUAUGAACAGUUAGCAAAUGAAAAUUUAUCUGAUCCUUAUUUUCAGGCCAAGCUAUACAAAGAAUUAUUUAAUUCAUAUCCCGAAGCAAUCCAGCAUCGCUACGAAACUUCAGGAGUAGCCAGGAAUUCGAUAUGUGAUCGAUAUUAUCAAGAAGCUUUGAAUAAGCUGUCUCAGAAGCAAAAGUUACCACCAUCUUUUCCCCCUUAUUUAAAAGCCGAUUUAAACCCUUAUCCAAAAAAUUCGAACGAAUUUAUGAAACCAGCCGAAGCUAUACAAAAUUUACAUUCUCCAGGUCAUGCUCAUGAACAUCAACCUUCUGCGCAUCCAAUGAAUCCUACUUCACAGUCUUCCACAUUGGGUUCUAGCAGUAAAACCCCAAUGUACGUCGUGAUCGACGAGUCUCGCUUUACGAAAUUUUUUCGCAUCUUCAGAUUUAUAGCAGGUCUUAGUGUGGCCUCCUAUUUUAUCUUACUUGGCGUCAGUAUCUUCGUUGCAUCAUCCGGACUUAAUAAUAUAAUGUCCAACUCUGCUGAACAAGAGCCAAUCGAGGAACGUUCUAUUGAUGUGCGCUUCUCUGAUGUUCAAGGUGUGGAUGAAGCUAAGGAAGAACUUGAGGAAAUUGUAAAUUUUUUAAAAGAUCCUACUCACUUUACGAGACUUGGAGGAAAGCUUCCUCGAGGUGUUCUACUGACGGGACCACCGGGAACUGGAAAAACUAUGCUUGCCCGUGCUGUUGCUGGCGAAGCUAAUGUUCCUUUCUUUUUCAUGAGUGGGAGUCAGUUUGAUGAAAUGUAUGUCGGUGUUGGUGCCAAAAGGGUUCGGGAGCUUUUCGUAGCCGCGCGAAAACACGCACCUGCAAUUAUUUUCAUUGAUGAGUUGGAUGCAAUUGGACAAAAGAGAAAUGCUCGAGAUGCCGCCCAUAUGCGUCAAACGUUGAACCAGCUUCUGGUUGAUUUAGACGGAUUUUCCAAAGGCGAAGAUGUAGCUCAUCCUGUUGUAUUUAUUGGAGCUACUAACUUUCCCGAAAGUCUUGAUCCAGCCUUAACUCGCCCUGGACGCUUUGACCGCCAUAUACAUGUUCCUCUUCCAGAUGUGCGGGGACGUAUGGCAAUUCUACGCCAUCACACUCAUAACAUUCCUUUAGACUAUACCGUUGAUCUGAGUAUUAUAGCACGAGGAACAUCCGGAUUUGCAGGAGCAGAUCUGGCGAACUUGAUCAAUCAGGCAGCAGUUCGUGCUAGUAAAAAUCAUAGCUCUAAAGUGGCCAUGCACGAUCUUGAAUGGUCAAAGGAUAGGAUUCUAAUGGGAGCUGAAAGGAAAAGCGCCGUGGUUACUGCCGAGAGCAAACUGAUGACUGCAUACCACGAGGGCGGUCAUGCUCUAGUGGCAUUGCUUACUAGAAAUGCUAUGCGUCCAUAUAAGGCGACGAUUAUGCCACGAGGAAGUAGUCUCGGUAUGACCAUAUCGCUUCCAGAUAUGGACAAGGAUAGCUGGACUAGGGAUGAGUAUCUUGCAAUGAUGGACGUUGCCAUGGGAGGCCGCGCUGCUGAAGAAUUACUUUACGGAAAAAAUAAUAUUACCUCCGGUGCACACAAUGAUAUAGAUAAAGCUACUCAGGUUGCUAGGAGGAUGGUUACUGAGUUUGGCAUGUCGGAACAAAUAGGACCUGUCAGCCUUGAAGCAGAUUUGGAUUCUCUCUCCCCUACCACUAAAGCAAUAGUUGAAGCUGAGAUCAAAUCUUUACUGGAAGCAGCAUACCAAAGAGCACUUUUACUUUUGAAGUCACACAAAAAAGAGCUUGAUUCAAUUGCGAAUGCUUUGGUUGACUACGAGUAUUUAACUGCUGAGGAAAUGAGACUUGUUAUGAAUGGUGAAAAAGAUAUCAUAAGAACCAAACUCACUUGAAAAAUUGCCUUAGUCUGCAAAAAUAACGGAUAUAGGCUUCUAUGUUGAUUGUUUCUCUUAUAAAAUAAAGAACUAUCCAAAUGGUAAUUUUUUUAAAUUUGUUUACUUUAUUUUUGCUAAAAAUUUUGUUUGGUUUAUUGGUCGGUUCCGUUUGGUUUUGAGGCUAUAACUUUUUCUCUGAACAUUAAAAUAAUGCUAAUGAAAGCUUGUAAUAGAAUAAUGAUAUCAACACCAUUUUUUUUUU